AUGCUCAUCACUCCCUGGCAUUCAGUGACCAAUGCAGGCGCAUUGCGCUCCCGCGAGAAGUUGCAAAAGGCACUGGGCGAGUACUAUGCUAACCGCGGAGACCACCAUGAGUCUGUUGCCGCCGUCACGAGCGCCCGCGCCGCCGUGUUGCGCAAGUACGGCUUGCCCGACAGCGAGAUUGGUCGGUUCGAGGCCAGCCUACUGCAGCUCACUACGGAAAACACCAUCCCUACCGCCUUCUGGAUGAUCGCCAAUGUCUUCACUCGCUUUGACGUUGUUGAGCGUCUCCGGAUUGAGCCUGACCCGCUUGCGCAGCGUAAGGAGGGCAGCAACGUCGUCACCAUCAACAUUACGAGGCUUGAUGAGGUGUGUCCCCUUCUUGUCAGCUGCUACCGCGAGUCCAUCCGCCUCUCGAACCACGCACUUUGCGUCCGUCGCGUCAUGGAAGAGACCGUCAUCUCCAACGGGAAAGGCGAUUCGCUCCUACUCAAGAAGGGACCUGAUGAUAAGUGCAAUUCGUAUAUCCCAUUCGGCGGCGGUAAACACCUUUGUCCCGGCCGCAACUUCGCCUUUGCCGAAAUUCUUGGUACUGCUGCGGCGCUGGCCCUGGCCUUCGACAAGUCGUCUGAUGGAAAUGGCGCUCCUGUCAAGCUCCCCGAGAUGGCUACGACCACCAUCAUGGGCGGGGCCUCCAAACCAGACAAGCAAGGGGCUGGAAUGAGCCUCGUAAUCAGGCGGCGACCUGGCUGGGAAAAUGUGAAGUUCGAAUUCGAGGUUGUCGGCAGCACACAGCCACGAAAAUAA